AUGAAACUGCUUCCAUUCCUAGUUCUGAUUUCCAGUCUGCUGGACUAUGGCUGCACUUCUGCAAGCUGCAACAUGACAUGCCAUAAAGACGCCAGGUGUGAAGUUCAGGGUGGGACAACAGGCUGCUAUUGCUCCCAAGGAUAUACAGGAAAUGGCAUAACAUUCUGUUACGAUGAUAAUGAAUGUGAAAAUGCUACUCAGCCUUGUGGAGAGCAUGCCAAUUGCACAAACACGGUGGGAAGUUAUUUCUGCAUGUGUAUGCCUGGCUUCAAAUCCAGCAAUGGUCAAGAAACUUUCAUACCUAAUGAUGGAACCUUCUGCGUGGAUGUAGAUGAGUGCAGCAAUGAAGGAACUGUUGCCUGUGGAGAUCAUGCAAACUGUGAAAACGUGGAUGGAGGGUUUAACUGCUCCUGUAAGGAAGGUUAUCAACCAUCCACAGGAAAAUUGCUGUUUAAGCCAAAUGAUGGCACUUCCUGCCAAGAAAAUCCGAAGGCCAAGUGUGAGCUAUACAAAGACUGUAUAACUGAACACAUUAAUAGAACUUUAGCUGGAAUUAGUCGUUUAAAAACACCCCUGGAGAUGUUACAAGAAAUUCAUAAACAUACUUUGGGACCGCUUUUACCUGUAGAUGUGAUUUCAUAUGUUGAAGCACUAUCUUAUUCAUCUCUGAAUACCAUGCAUUACUCCAUUUCUGACAACGAAGCAAUUAGUAAUUCAACCAUUAAUGUUUUGGUUAACACUGUAAACAAUUUUUUACAAAAAGACAAAAUGACAGUCUGGGAAGCUCUUCCUGUAGAUAGCCAAAGACGGAGCCUGACUAAGCUGCUGCAUACUGCAGAACAAGCAACACUUCUCAUGUCACAGAACUUCAAAAAGACAACACAGCUAGAUGCUAAUGCAAGUGACAUAGCCCUCAAGGUUUUUGCUUUUGAUUCACACCACAUGAAACACAUUCACCCUCAUGUAUACAUGGAGGGAGAUUACAUAAAGAUCUCUCCAAAGAAGAGAGAGGAAUCUCAUCCUAAUGGCACCGUUGCAGUUGUCUUUCUGCGGUACAGCAAUAUCGGUUGACUGACAGAAAGCUCAUCAGUUAUAGCUGUUGCAAUUAGCUCAAAUCCACCUACACUCUAUGAGCUUGAGAAAAUAACAUUUACCUUAAAGUAUGCCAAGACUGUGGAUAAAGAUAUUAAAUGUGCAUUUUGGAACUACUCAGCAGACACAAUGAAUGGCAACUGGGCUACAGAAGGCUGUGAGCUGACACAUUCCAACUCCACUCAUAUCUCAUGCAAAUGUAAUCAUCUGACUCAUUUUGCUGUUUUGAUGUCCUCAGGUGGCUCUGUUGGUGUUACAAAUUAUAACAUUCUUACAAGAAUCACUCAGCUAGGAAUAAUUAUUUCGUUGAUUUGCCUCUCCAUGUGCAUUUUUACAUUCUGGUUCUUCAGUGAAAUUCAAAGCACUAGAACGACAAUACACAAAAACCUCUGCUGCAGCCUUUUCCUAGCGGAACUUAUUUUUCUGAUUGGAAUUAAUAUGAACAAUAAUAAGCUCUUCUGUUCAAUUACUGCUGGAUUACUCCAUUAUUUCCUUCUAGCUGCUUUUGCAUGGAUGUGCAUUGAAGGUAUUCACCUCUACCUUAUUGUUGUGGGAGUUAUCUACAACAAGGGUUUCUUGCACAAGAAUUUCUAUGUCUUUGGCUACGUCAGUCCAGCUGUGGUCGUUGGAAUCUCCGCCGCAUUGGGAUACAAAUACUAUGGCACCACAGAAGUAUGUUGGCUCAGCACAAAAAAUAACUUUAUAUGGAGUUUUAUAGGUCCAGCAUGUCUAAUAAUUCUUGUUAAUUUGUUGGCUUUCGGAGUGAUUAUUUAUAAAGUAUUUCGACACACUGCAAUGUUAAAGCCAGAAGUUAGUUGUUAUGAGAAUAUAAGAUCCUGUGCCCGGGGUGCUCUUGCUCUGCUUUUCCUCCUUGGGGCUACCUGGAUCUUCGGGGUCCUCCAUGUCGUCCAGGGAUCUGUGGUUACUGCAUAUCUUUUUACAAUCUUCAACGCUUUCCAGGGGAUGUUCAUCUUCAUAUUUCUUUGUGUGUUGUCUAGGAAGAUUCAGGAAGAGUAUUAUAGGUUGUUCAAAAAUGUCCCUUGCUGUUUUGGCUGCUUGAGAUAAAGGGAAGGAAAACAUGCAACAGCAUCUCAGUGGAAGAAGGGAGCAACCUAGAUAACGUUGUUAUGGAUUUUACAGAAAAAUAUGGUAUUGUGAAAGUAUGAAAUGACCCAAUG